AAAAUAAUGUUCGGUCAAAAAGGGUGGUUCAACCCUGAGAAUCAGAUCUUUUGGAUAAUCUUGUUCGCAUUUAAGGUCUUGUUAGCCUUAAACACAAGACCUGUAUACCAAAAUGAUGAAUUCACUCAAAGCACUCACGUUGCUUACGAUAUUGUGUAUGGAAGUGGACACCAGACAUGGGAAUGGAUGGAAGAGUUCAGCCUGAGACCUGUUUUCUACCCAAUGUUGUUCGCUUUCCAAUAUAAACUCUUGAAUAUAUUCUACCUUGACUUUGCUGUGUUCAUAAUCUACCUUCCUCAUUUCCUGCAUGUCGUUCUGUGGCAGAUUAGUGAUCUUUACUUAUAUUAUGUAGUGAAGGAAGAAUCUAAAGUGCAUGAAGAUAGAAGAUCUUUAAAUAAGAACGGAGGAUAUGCUAAAUUGACGCUGUUAAUUCUGAUGAAUUGUUUCCUAACAAAUGUAUUCAUGCCAAGGACUUCUACCAAUGCUUUUGAAGGACUGCUUCUCCCGAUAGGACUAUACUACUGGAGAAAAGUCGAAUCAGACAAUACUUUGAUAGAUCUCAAUGCUAUUAGGCUAACUGUAGCAGUAGUUAUUGCCUUUAUCAUCAGGCCAACUAGUGUUUUGGCAUGGCUAGUUCCAAUGGGAUGGAAAGUCUUUGCUCAUAAGACCUUCUUGAAAUUCUUUAUCUGUGGAAUAAUCAUUGCAGUUCCAAUGAUGAUAGGGUCAGUCAUUCUUGACAGCUUGUAUUACGGAAAAUUCACCUCGACUCAUUACAACUUCAUUGAUUUUAAUGUUCUUCAAGGGGGAAGUGGAGACUAUUUCGGUAAAAGACCAAUAUGGGAAUACAUGAUAUACAUGAUACUUAUUAUGGGCCCAAUGAUUAUCUUUGUCUUUAUUGGACUUAGAAAUGAGCUCAUAGCACAUAUAACAAUGAAGAGAUUCCCUCUUCUUUUCUCAGUAUUUUGUUCUUAUGUUGGAUUUAUGAGUUUGAUCUCUCAUAAAGAAGUCAGAUUUCUUGUCCCUAUGUGCUCAUUAUUGAGCUAUCUUGCAGCAUCAGGGCUUAAGAAAUAUUUGACUUAUGGAAAAUAUGUGAUAAUCAUUUAUAUUGGGUAUUCAACAAUCCUCCUUCUUGGGCAAGGAUUCACGAAAAGUUUUGCUUAUUUAGGAAACGAUUACAUUAAUUCUUAUAAUUAUGAGAGUGCAUAUUGGUGCGACAAUGAAGGCUCGAGCUUUCUGUUAGAUUUGAAUCCUGGAAUGCAUAAUGAAAACAAUCCUAAAAUCCUAGCAAAUGAUAGGAUCUACCCUUUCGCACUCCAAUACCACGAUGAGCCUUACCUUGCUAGUCAUGACAAGUACACUAUUUGUUUUGAUGCUGUUCUUGAUUGGCAAAAACAAGUAAAUGACUUAAGAGUCAAAGCUAGAGCUCAAGUCCGGGAUACUUCCAACAAUACAAAAUCUUUUUCUAACAAAUUGUGAGAAAACUCUUUAAAAGACUACCCAAUGCCUGAAUAUUUUGUGCUUCGUUAUUACAUUCCUAGUAAUUUGAUGCUAAGAAAGAUUGAGCAAUGGAUGGAAAAUCCUUUCCUCAUAGAGGAGUUUUAUGAGGAAAGACAGGAUUCUGAUACUUCAGAGCCUAUUCCAAAGAAAGAAAGGAAAAAUCUUCUCCCAUACAAGAAAGUCUAUACAACAUUUAGGAAGGCCUGGGCUACCAGAUGAAGACCUCACAUCAAGGGUGGACCUUGUCUUGAAUAUCUUUAUGUUUAUAAAAGACAAGAUGAAGGAUGACAUGAAUAAGUGUAGAUGAAUCAAAUCAAUUACAGGCUCAAGAA